UCCGCCUCUGGUGGAUUGAUCUUACCAUAAACAGUGUGCAAUUGCGAUGCUCCAUCGGCAUGAACAAUCUGGCUCUAUUCCACACGAUGCCGAAUCGAAUAGAAGACGACAUGAGAGAGCAGAGAAUGAUCUAUAUAAGCAUGCAUGAGAGCCCAUCUAAGCACUCAAACAAGACAAUCCAACAGAUGCAUGCCUUCUUCUCAUUCAUACUUAACCUAAGAACUAUCCGGCACAAUGAGCAGCCCAGAACCACUGCGUAUCGCUGUCCUCGUCAACACGCCCCCUAAUAACGAGUUCUGGAAUGAUGUGCGCAAGUCAUAUCAUGCUGCCAUUCGAGGUGUUGCACCCGACGCCCAGAUCGACAUGUACGACCCUGUCUUCCAAGGCAACUUCCCUGACCCCCAAAAAUACGACCUGAUCGUCCUGAGUGGAGGCAAAGCGGAUGCCUCCUCUUCUGAGCCCUGGGUUCUGGGUGUGCUAGAUUUCCUGCGUGAAACAGCGCGGAAAUCACCCAAGACCAAGAUCCUCGGUAUCUGCUGGGGCCACCAAGCUAUCUCAAGGGCGUUCGGUGGAGAGGUGCGAGCUGUGCCUACAGGUCCAAUUGCUGGCCUUGAAGACGUGAAGUUGACAGAAGCCGGGAAGAAAUUCUUUGCUUGCGCCCCAGACAUUAACUCUUAUUGCCUGCCAGAGUUUCAUGUACGAGAGGUAGCAAAACCUGGAUUAGGAUUUGUUCACUUGGCUGAAAACCAUGAAAUAUUUGUGAAUCAAGAAAAUACGGUCUUGUCGCUCCAAGCACAUCCAGAGGUCGAGGCCGCCCUCGCCAAAAAGUUAUUGUUGGAAGAGGACGAUGUUUACAAUGGCAAUCUUUCUCAGCCGGAACUAGAGAAUCAUUUAAAAAAGCUCGAUCAGCCAACGGAUGGGGUUGAGGUGCUGAGACGGGUAAUUGAAUGGGUGAAGGAGUGAAGCACUAUUGCGAUGUCAAUUUGGAGAUA